UGGGGACGCGGUGCGAGUGGGGCUGACACUCUGGAGGCGGCCCCAGGGACCGGACUGAGCGGGGGCGGGGUCCGCAGCCGCCUUCGCGGUUCCGGGUGCUCCAGCCGCGGCGCAGCGCAGAGUACACUUGACCAGGGUCGGGCUGCGGGGAAGGGCGGGUCUGGGAAGAACCCCCGAGCGCCGCGGCGUCCUCCAGCUCCUCCUCCUUGCGGCCGCUGGAGCCACAGCCGGAGCCGGCGCCACCUCGCGCCCCGGCUCGUGCGUCCCCAGCCAUGGCUUUCGCCAAUUUCCGCCGCAUCCUACGUCUGUCCACCUUCGAGAAGAGAAAGUCCCGCGAAUAUGAGCACGUCCGCCGGGACCUGGACCCCAACGAGAUGUGGGAGAUCGUGGGCGAGUUGGGUGACGGCGCCUUCGGCAAGGUUUACAAGGCCAAGAACAAGGAGACCGGUGCCCUGGCUGCGGCCAAAGUGAUAGAGACCAAGAGUGAGGAGGAGCUGGAGGACUACAUCGUGGAGAUUGAGAUCCUGGCCACCUGCGACCACCCCUACAUCGUGAAGCUCCUGGGAGCCUACUUCUAUGACGGGAAGCUGUGGAUCAUGAUCGAGUUCUGUCCCGGAGGAGCCGUGGAUGCUAUCAUGCUGGAGCUGGACAGGGGUCUCACCGAGCCCCAGAUUCAGGUCAUUUGCCGCCAGAUGCUGGAAGCCCUCAACUUCCUCCAUGGCAAGAGGAUCAUCCACCGGGAUCUGAAGGCUGGCAAUGUUCUGAUGACCCUCGAGGGAGACAUCAGGCUGGCUGACUUUGGUGUGUCUGCCAAGAAUCUGAAAACUCUGCAGAAACGAGAUUCUUUCAUAGGAACGCCUUACUGGAUGGCCCCUGAGGUGGUGAUGUGUGAGACCAUGAAGGACACCCCUUACGACUACAAAGCCGACAUCUGGUCCUUGGGCAUCACCCUGAUCGAGAUGGCCCAGAUUGAGCCCCCACACCACGAGCUCAACCCCAUGCGGGUCCUUCUCAAAAUUGCCAAGUCGGACCCUCCCACGUUGCUCACGCCUUCUAAGUGGUCUGUGGAGUUCCGAGACUUCCUGAAGAUAGCCCUGGAUAAGAACCCAGAAACCCGGCCGAGUGCUGCACAGCUCCUGGAGCAUCCCUUUGUCAGCAGCAUCACCAAUAACAAGGCUCUGCGGGAGCUGGUGGCUGAGGCCAAGGCCGAGGUGAUGGAGGAGAUCGAAGACAGCCGGGAUGAGGGGGAAGAGGAGGACUCCGUGGACGCCACCCCUCCUCUGGGGAACCACACUCUGGAAUCUUCUGAGGUGAGUCAGCCGAACCUCAAUGACGACAAGCUCCCCAAGGCAUCAUCUUCCACCCUGCUGCCUCCCAGCCAACCCCAGGACAAUGUGAAUGGGCCCUGCAGCCAGCCGUCUGAGGACAGAUCCCCCAAAACCACAAGCCCCCCAGAUGCAGCCCGUGGAAAUGAGAAUGGCCUAGCUGUGCCCACACCCCUCCGGAAGACCCGGCCAGUGUCAAUGGAUGCUAGAAUUCAGAUCGCUGAGGAGAAGCCAGUCGCCGGCCAGGGUGGGGACCUCAGCCCGGCAGCCAGCAGGUCUCAAAAGGCAGCCCAGAGCCGGCCCAACAGCAGCGCCCUGGAGACCUUGGGUGGGGAGCAGCUCGCCAACGGCAGCUUGGAGCUCCCUGGCCAGGCAGCCUCAGGCUCGUCCAAGAGGGACUCAGACUGUGGCAGCCUCUCCACGUCCGAAAGCGUGGACUACGGGCCCUCCCUCUCGGCCGACCUGUCCCUGAACAGAGAGUCGGGCUCUUUGUCCAUCAAGGAUUCUAGGCUGCACAAUAAAACCCUCAAGCGGACACGCAAGUUUGUAGUGGACGGCGUGGAGGUGAGCAUCACCACCUCCAAGAUCAUCAGUGAAGAUGAGAAGAAGGACGAGGAGAUGAGAUUUCUCAGGCGCCAGGAACUCCGGGAGCUUCGGCUGCUCCAGAAGGAAGAGCAUCGGAACCAGUCCCAGCUGAACAGCAAGCAUGAGCUGCAGCUAGAGCAGAUGCAGAAACGUUUUGAACAAGAAGUCAACGCCAAAAAGAAGUUCUUUGACAUGGAGCUGGAGAACCUGGAGCGUCAGCAGAAGCAGCAGGUGGAGAAGAUGGAGCAAGACCACGCCAUUCGCCGUCGUGAUGAGACCAAGCGCAUCCGCCUGGAGCAGGAACGGGACCACGCCCGGUUCCAGGAGCAGCUCAAACUGAUGAAGAAGGAGGUGAAGAAUGAGGUGGAGAAGCUGCCCCGGCAGCAGCGGAAGGAGAGCCUGAAGCAGAAGCUGGAGGAGCAUACGCAAAAAAAGCAGGUUCUUGACCGGGACUUUGUCAACAAGCAGAAGGAGGACCUGGAACUGGCGAUGAAGAAGCUCACGGCCGAGAACAGGCGGGAGAUCUGCGAUAAGGAGCGAGAGUGCCUCAAGAAGAAGCAGGAGCUCCUUCGCGAACGGGAGGCGACUCUGUGGGAGAUGGAGGAGCACCAGCUGCAGGAGAGGCACCAGCUGGUGAAGCAGCAGCUCAAAGACCAGUACUUCCUUCAGCGGCACGAGCUUCUGCGCAAGCAUGAGAAGGAGCGGGAGCAGAUGCAGCGCUACAACCAGCGCAUGAUGGAGCAGCUGAAGGUGCGGCAGCAGCAGGAGAAGACGCGGCUGCCCAAGAUCCAGCGGAGCGAGGGCAAGACGCGCAUGGCCAUGUACAAGAAGAGCCUGCACAUCAACGGCGGGGGCAGCGCCGCGGAGCAGCGUGAGAAGAUCAAGCAGUUUUCCCAGCAGGAGGAAAAGAGGCAGAAGUCGGAGCGGCUGCACCAGCAGCAAAAACAUGAGAACCAGACACGGGACAUGGCUGCACAGUGUGAGAGCAACAUGAAUGAACUGCAGCAGCUGCAGAAUGAAAAGUGUCACCUCUUGGUAGAACACGAAACCCAGAAGCUGAAAGCCCUGGAUGAGAGCUAUAACCAGAACCUGAAGGAAUGGCGAGACAAGCUUCGGCCACGCAAAAAGGCUCUGGAAGACGAUCUGAACCAGAAGAAGCGGGAGCAGGAGAUGUUCUUCAAACUGAGCGAGGAGGCAGAGUGCCCGAACCCCACCACCCCAAGCAAGGCCACCAAGUUCUUCCCCUACAGCUCUGCGGAUGCUUCGUAACAGCCACCCAGGGCUGUGGCUGGCCAGCUGGGGGGCCUCCAGAGCCCUCCCGUUCUCUGUGAACAAGUAACUCAGGACUCACUUUCCCUCUUGCUUCUGUGCCAGCUCAAAUCAGCCCCUUGCCCUGUGCCAUCCAGCUGGGCCCGACAGCUCCAUCCCAGUGUUCCUGACUUCUCGCUUGCUCGUGGGGGGUGGGGGUGGGGAUGGGUGGUUAUUGUAUGUCAUCCGAUCCUAAUGUGUGUUCUAGUUGAGCCCAGAUCCCAUCAAGCUCUAAGUGAUCUGGGCUGCUGGUGGGAGGCAGGGUCCAGGAGGAAUGGGUAUUCUGUGGCCACUCCUGUGUGCCAAAACAUCAGUUCUGCCAUCAGUGGAUACAAAGCGCUGCCGCCGAAGUCACCGUGGGCUCGUUUAUAUUGUAAUUCCAGGUGGUUUGUCAGUGCUUCCCUGCAGUGUCAGGCAAGAAUCACAGCCCCUAACAACCACUGCGGUUCCUAGUGGAGUCUGGCCUGCAGCCAGCUGCUUGGGGACCACUGUCACCCCUCCAUCUCCCCCAGGUUGUUUUCCACUUUGCAGUGAGGCCAUGUCUACAACCAGGGGAGGGUGCAGGGAGGAUGUGAGAUGUUCCUUCUGCUGGUCCUGUGUGUUUUGUACCAUUUCGUGUCCCCCCUUCCUGCACACAUGCAAGGCCCAGCUCCUGAGCACACACAGGCUUCCCUCUCUGCCCCAGGCCCUCUUGUGCCCGGGUAGGUUGGAACAUGUUUGCUGCCUGAGCCUGUGCUCCUGAGCCUUCAGGUGGAGCAAAUGGUAGAGAGAGUACUGGGGGGUGGCCCUGGAGGCACAGAGAAGACACAGGCUCAAAGCCCAUCCUUAAUUCAUUUUGGCCCCCACCCAGGAUUAGGGUGGGGAUCAUUUAUCAGGGAUAAACUCUGCUCACCACACAAGACUCUCCCAAUACAGGCUACUCCUGUCUCAUGCUUGCCCACCCUAUCCACGAGUGAUAUGGGAAAGCCAUUUUCCCCUCUGCCCUGUGCCCCUCCUAGUUCAGGAGUAUGGCCUGAUGUUUCAGCCUGAGGCUGGCUGUCACUUGAACUUCUCUUCAGGAAGAAAAAGCAUCAGGGAGUCACAUCUGCCAGAAACAUGGCAGAGGCCAAGUUUCUCUAUAUUUUAAAUGGAAUCCUGGGCCUUCAGAUUACUCAGUUGGUCCUACAAAGACGCUGAUCCCUACAGGCUACAGAUUAUAUAUGUAUAUAUCCCAAUAAAAGGAAAUGCUCACACCAGCACUCAGUUUAUUUACCAUGAGACCUUUUUUUUUGCCUUGAUUUUCUAAUUGUUCCAUUGAAACAAAUAUGAAAAUGUAUGGCUUCUUCCAGAAGAUACCUGCUUUAAAAAAAAAAAAAAAGGAAACACAAAAGUGAUGAUCUGUUAUAGGAGUCAUAAGGGCAUAUUGAAUCGGGUACUAUUUUGGGUGAUUGAGUGGCUGAGACACCCCAGGGAGACUUUCUCAUCCUUCCUUCCUAAAGGUUCAAUACUUUGCUUUCCUAAAGCAAUUCCCUGGAAGCUUUCACAGCAUUGGUUGUGACUGGAUCCUUGGAAAGGGAGGUGCCGCCACUCAACAAGUAAAGGGGAUUUGGAGACUUGGGGUUCCCAAGUCUUAACUCGGCAGCCAAGAUGCUCUGAGGGGCGGUGAGGUGGACAGUGGUUCUUUUAGGUCAGCGAGCAUUCAGCUUGAGUCAGUGUUUGACCCAGAUGGGCCAUUUGUCAGGCCUCAUGCACAUGAGACAAGGUAAAGAAUUGCCUCCUUUUAUUCUCUGGUGUGUAGCUGCUGGGAAAACGUGGAGCCAGCAGCUGUGCCACUGCAGAACUGACACCCAGUUCCACCGAGCAAGGCCGGCCACUGGCGAGUGGUCAGCAGGGCUGAUUUGGGCUUUGUUUACAAUAUUUCCUUUUUGCAGCUGGGCAGUUUCCCGGUUCAGGUGAAAGUGUUCGAUGGUUCAUUUGGUCAUUCAUAUUGGAAUCCCUUCCAAAGAUUUGCUGCUUCUCUGCUCAGUGCCGCCCUAGCCCUGAUGGCUUGCCUGUGCCUUUUAUUUUUUGGGGGGCAGGGUGGGAUGGGGAGGGUCGGGUCAGCUCUCUAGCCUCAUGUUUGGGGCAGCGUGCAAUGCCCAUCGCAGAGAAGGCCCCGCAGUAUUCCUCGUGCCCUGUGCUAAUAGGUUCCCUGUGAGGCACAGGCAGAACUGUUUCUUAUUUUCAUUUCAUUUUUAGCAGAGUAAAUGUAACUAACUUAUAUUUUCCCUUUAUGAAGGCUAGAAGUUGUUUUUUAUGUAGUUUCCAAACUUUCUACAAAGCUUUUGUAAAUGUUCUCUGCAAAGUUAAUGUCAAAGAAUGUAAAUAUGCUUCUAAUAAAAUAACAAGAUGAGAAA